UUUGAACUAUUACCGGAAAAAGCAUCCUUCGGUUAACAUAUUUCAUCAUAAAUAGAUAGUAAACAAAAGUUAUGAUAUAGAAAGAAAAUUGAUUCAAGAAUUGUUGAUGCUACUGGAAUUUAGUUUUAGAGAUUUUUAAGAUGAGUGAUGUUCUUGAUAUUUUGGAUGUUGAAAGACCUCAAACUCCUGAAAUAAGUAAAGAAAGCAUUAUUGAUGGCCGGAAAAAAAAGAAAAAACUCAGUGAAGUCACCUUUAAGCGUCCAGAAGGAAUGCACCGGGAACUUUAUGCCUUGCUAUAUUCAGACAACAAAGAUAAACCUCCUAUGUUCAUAACUGACAGUGAUCAAGGCUAUAAACAAAAUAAAGCAAAAUUAGGCUUAAAACGAGUUCGGCCUUGGAAAUGGAUGCCAUUUACAAAUCCAGCUAGAAAAGAUGGUGCCAUCUUUCAUCACUGGAGACGUAUAGAAGACGAGGGUGAGGAAUAUCCUUUUGCAAAGUUCAAUAAGUCUGUUCAAAUCCCAGAAUAUACAGAUGAUGAGUACAUCCAGCAUUUGCAGUGUGAAGGUUGGACACGUCAGGAGACUGACCACUUGUUUGAUUUAUGUCAACGCUUUGACCUCCGAUUUAUUAUAAUUCAAGAUAGAUGGGAUAGAACUCGUUUUCCAAACAGAAGUAUUGAAGAUUUGAAAGAACGUUAUUAUAAUAUCUGUAAUAUUUUGGCAAAAGUCCGUGCUGUGAGUAAUGUUGAACCCAAAUUGAUAGCCUAUGAUGCUGAUCAUGAAAGGAGAAGGAAAGAACAAUUAAUAAAAUUAUAUGAUAGAACUCCAGAACAGGUUGAGGAGGAACAGACUUUGUUGAAUGAGUUGCGAAAAAUUGAAUUAAGAAAGAAGGAGAGAGAAAAAAAGACUCAAGAUUUGCAAAAACUGAUCACAGCAGCUGAUAGCAGCCAGGGUGAAACAAAAAGGCUGGAAAAGAAAGGUCCGAAGAAGAAAGUUGUACAGCAGAAGAACAUUAAAGCUGAAAAUACAAGUGUUGAUUCUGCUGGAAUAAAAUUUGCUGAUUUCAAAGGAAGUGGAGUGACUUUGCGAAGUCAGAGAAUGAAACUACCUGCAUCUGUUGGACAAAAAAAAGCAAAAGCCAUUGAACAAUUAUUGAAGGAACUUGAUAUUGAACCCAAUCCAAUACCAACUGAAGAAGUAUGUCAGCAUUUUAAUGAAUUGCGGAGUGACAUGGUUCUUUUGUAUGAAUUAAAGCUCGCUCUUGCCAAUUGUGAAUUUGAGCUGCAAACUCUAAGACAUCAGACUGAAGUUUUAACACCAGAAAAAACCAGAGAUAUGGAAACUAUCUCUUCAGUUACAACCAAUAUCCAAAAUGGUAUAAAAUGUGAAUAAAAAGAAUUCUGUCAUGUCAUUGUCUAAUAUAAUACUAAAUGUAAUUGUCAUGUAUAUAUUUUAUAUGUAAUUAAAAUUUCUCAGUUUUUA